AUGGACAUUACCUUGUCGCGUUAUCAGAACACAUCAGUCUUCGAAAGUAGCUCUUUGUCGUUAACGGAUGUUAAAUUAUUUCAAGAAAGACACUUGUUUUUUACGUCUCACUUGUUAAACAAAAGAGUACGAAGAGCCCAGGCAUCUGCAAUUAGUUGUCAUUUUGUAGAACAGGGAUUGCAUCCAAAACCCAAGCCAAAACCACUGAGUAAUGGUCAUGAUGUAUUAAAGAAAGAAACUCAUGUCCAAGAGUCGCGACAGAUGAAAGGUUCUAGUUCAGGACUCUGUGGCCAGAUCGAGAAGCUGGUUCUCUGUAAACGAUAUAGAGAUGCUCUUGAAAUGUUUGAGAUUUUGGAAAUUGAGUGCGGGUAUGAUGUCCAUGUUGGCAAGAGUACUUAUGAUGCGUUAGUGGAUGCUUGUAUCAGUUUAAAGUCGAUUAGAGGGGUUAAAAGAGUGUUUAAUUUUAUGAUUAAUAGUGGGUUUGAGCCGGAUUUGUAUUUGAAAAACAGGAUGCUAUUGAUGCAUGUCAAAUGUGGGAUGAUGAUUGAUGCCCGCAUGUUGUUUGACGAAAUGCCAGAGAGAAAUUUAGUUUCUUGGAACACAAUAAUUGCAGGGCUUGUGGACUCUCGAGAUUAUUUGGAAGCAUUUCAGUUGUUUCUAACAAUGUGGGAGGAACAAUCUGACGCCAGUUCACGUACUUUUGCCACCAUGAUGCGUGCAUCUGCAGGGCUGGAAAUGAUUUUUCCAGGACAACAAUUACACGCUUGUGCUAUAAAACUGGGUGUAAGUCAAGAUAUCUUCGUAUCAUGUGCACUAAUCGACAUGUACAGCAAAUGUGGAAGCAUCGAGGACGCCCAAUGCGUGUUUGAUGAAAUGCCUGAGAAAACAACAGUGGGUUGGAAUACAAUCAUUGCAGGGUACGCCCUUCAUGGAUACAGUGAAGAAGCUUUAGAUCUCUACUACGAGAUGCAAGAUUCUGGUGUUAAAAUGGACCACUUCACUUUCUCAAUGAUAGUAAGAGUAUGUACACGAUUAGCUUCAUUAGAACAUGCCAAACAAGCACACGCAGGCCUCAUCCGCCAUGGUUUUGGUCUAGACAUAGUUGCCAACACUGCACUUGUUGACUUCUACAGUAAAUGGGGAAGAAUCGAUGAUGCACGCAACGUGUUUGAUAAAAUGCCUCACAAGAAUGUUAUAUCAUGGAACGCGUUAAUUGCUGGAUAUGGUAAUCAUGGGAGAGGAAUUGAAGCUUUAAAGUUAUUCAAACGAAUGAUUACUGAAAACAUGAUCCCAAAUCAUGUUACUUUUCUAGCUGUUCUUUCUGCUUGUAGCUAUUCAGGUUUAUCAGAUCAAGGGUGGGAUAUAUUUGAAUCAAUGGGAACAGAUUUCAAGGUAAAACCUAGAGCUAUGCAUUAUGCGUGUAUGAUUGAGUUAUUAGGGCGUGAAGGGUUAUUAGAUGAAGCUUUUUCUUUGAUCCAAAAUGCUCCAUUUAAUCCUACAGUCAAUAUGUGGGCUGCUUUGCUUACAGCUUGUAGGGUCCACAAGAAUCUAGAACUUGGAAAGCUUGCAGCUGAAAAAAUAUAUGGUAUGGAGCCAGAAAAGCUUAGUAAUUAUGUUGUUCUUUUAAAUAUUUACAACAGUUGUGGAAAACAAAAAGAAGCUGCUUCUGUUUUUCAUACUUUAAAAAAGAAAGGUUUGAGGAUGUUGCCUGUGUGUACUUGGAUAGAUGUGAAGAAACAGCAGCAUAUGUUUGUUUCAGGGGAUAAAAAAUCAAAAUCCCAUGUUCAAAUUGUUAAAAAUUUGAAGAAAUUAAUGUUGGGAAUUGAAAAAUAUGGUUAUGUUCCAAAGAAAAACUCUUUGCUUCCUGAUGUUGAUGAAAGGGAAGAACAGAUGUUAAUGUUUCAUAGUGAGAAACUUGCAGUUUCUUUUGGACUGAUGAAUACUUCAGAUUCAACACCUUUGCAUUUGGUGCAGAGUCACCGGAUUUGUGAUGACUGCCACCUGGCAGUUAAGUUAAUGGCUAAGCUGACUGGACGAGUGAUUGUUGUGAGAGAUGCUAGCAGAUUUCAUCGGUUUGAAAAUGGAAAAUGUUCUUGUGGUGAUUACUGGUGA